GUAGCAAUAUGGCGGCGGCCAUGAUAAUGGCACACUCAACAACGUUGACUCUUUGUUUUCAUUUCUGAUAUUACAUUUUUUUCUGUGCCGCUGUCUUUUUUUACGAUUACGUGUGUUAAAUGUCUAUUAGCGUAAUCCCUGUGCAUUAACCAAACAGCUGGAUAUAAAGUUUUGUCUAAAUGUUCGAUAAGUGUUGUGUUCUUCACGUUAAAUCUAAGGCUUUUAGUGGAUACUUUACUUAACAGGUCUCGAGUAUCAACAGAAUAACGAUGUACCACCGGCUGUAAAGUGUUCAAACAGCUUUUAAAAAUACAGUCCAUUAUAGAGCUUAAAAGUUGUUAAAAAUCUAUUUUAUCAACCAUGUAACUAGUUUUGAUUAUUAUUAAACAUACACUGUGCAAAAAAAAAUGUGAUGCAUCUGAUCGCAUAGCCUGUGUGUCCUCGGCCCCCACUUAGCCAUGGGCCGCCCGAGGAAGCUGUCGCCAGCAUGAAUUCUGCGGCACCUGCAUCGGGCAAACCAUCCACCCGAUCAUCGUCGUCAGGCUAUCACCAAAAGGCGUUAGCUGAAAUCCGUAACUCAUUACUGCCCUUUGCAAAUAUUGGUGGCUGUGAUAGCAGUGCAGCCAGCUGUGUGUCCAGCAUAUCAAGUACUUCUGGAUCUGCUACUUCAGGCAUUGGAUCUGUAUCUGGUCUUAGUUCUAUCUCCAAUAAUUGUGUUGAUAAAGAGCUAAAUGCUUUAAGACAAACGCUUACUCAAUUAAUUGCCAUGGGAUAUACUGAAGAAGCAUCAUUAAGGGCACUUAAAGUAUCUGGAGGACGAUGUGAAGGUGCCUUAGAUUUUUUAGCCAAACAACAACAGUGUGAUUUGCAAAAUGGUUGUAGCAAAUCAUCUUCAGGGUUAUGUAGCAAUAGUAAUAAAUUAAUAAGGAAAUCAAGCUUGGAAAGAAGUGGAGUUGGUCCUAGGAGUAGUCCUGGCCAAGAUAGUGGUGCAGGAAGUUCAAGGUCUGAUAGUCCAAGACAACCCGAUCUAGUCAUUCACUCUCAUACUCCUUUGUCUCGCCAAUAUUCUCCUUCUGCUUAUUCUGAAACACCACCUCCUCCUCCACCCAGAAAUAAUAGUACACCUCCGCCUCCUCAUGUCCCUACUCAUAUGCAACAAUUACUUAAGCGUAUGUCACCAGCCCCUGCUGUUCCAUCAAGACCACCUGCUCCAACCCCUGGAACUUCAGCUAGUAGCUCUAAUCAAAGAGUUACAUCUCCUAUGGUAGUUCAAAAUGGUCCACAAGCACAGCAGCAAUUAUCACAGCAGAUUCAAGCUUUAAGUAUGACAACUUCAGAGCCUCCACCUCCAUAUCCUCUUGUUGGUGCUCCACCUCCUCCACCUUCAUAUUCUGCUUCAAUUCAAGAGUACAGAAAAUCACCUUCAUCUGGUGUAUUUUCAUCUGCCGGCUCAUCUAGUCCUGUAUCUGUAUCAACAAAUGGUAGCGUGUCAUCUUUAACUCGACCUACUCCAUUGCAAGCUUGGGGAGCCAGACAAACUAAAACACAAUCACCUAUUAUAAUGCAAUCUGUACGGAGUACUUUGGUUCAAAAACCUAUUUUACAAACUGCUGUUGCUCCUCAAUCACCAGCACCUACAUCUCCAUCACCAGUUCCACCACCAUCAUAUGCUUCAUCAAUUCAACAAAAACAACAAGCUCAAAAAGCUGUUCAACAGCCACAACAAGCAUCGUUAUCUUCACCAUCAGCAGUUGUACCAACAACUGAACCACCUAGUUAUGCCAGUACAAUGCAAGCUUUGGCUGCUCAGAGAGUAAUAACUAACCCAUUACAUCCACCACCACCUUAUGCUGAGGAACAUCCUCACAGAAAACCUACUCCUCCUCUACCUCCUAUACCAUCAUCAUCUGUCAAUAAAAAUAAAAUAUUGAAUUGUAACAAUCAUCAUCAUCACUUUAACAAUAAUGGUAUUACUAAUGGACUAGAUGAUGAAGAUGACAAUCAGUCUAAAAUUGACCAUCAGUCUCCAAUUCCUGAACGAAAACACAUCAGUAAAGAAAAAGAAGAAGAAAGGCGAGAAUGUAAAGUAAAAAAUUAUUCUCCUCAGGCAUUUAAAUUUUUUAUGGAACAACAUGUUGAAAAUGUCAUUAAAUCACAUAAGCAAAGGGUUUUUAGAAGGGUUCAGUUGGAAACAGAAAUGGCUAAAAUAGGUUUAAGCGAAGAAGCUCAAUGUCAAAUGAGAAAAAUGUUAUCACAGAAAGAAUCAAAUUAUAUUCGCUUGAAACGAGCUAAAAUGGACAAAUCUAUGUUUACUAAAAUUAAACCCAUUGGAGUUGGAGCUUUUGGUGAAGUUACAUUAGUUAGAAAAAUAGAUACUAAUCAUUUAUAUGCUAUGAAAACACUUAAAAAAGCUCAUGUUCUAAAACGUAACCAAGUAGCACAUGUUAAAGCUGAGAGGGAUAUACUUGCAGAAGCAGAUAAUGAAUGGGUUGUCAAGUUGUAUUAUUCAUUUCAAGAUAAAGAUAAUCUAUAUUUUGUUAUGGACUAUAUUCCAGGUGGUGAUUUAAUGUCAUUGCUAAUUAAAUUAGGAAUAUUUGAAGAACACUUAGCAAGGUUUUACAUAGCAGAAUUGACUUGUGCAGUUGAGAGUGUACACAAAAUGGGUUUUAUUCAUAGAGAUAUUAAACCAGAUAAUAUAUUGAUUGAUCGUGAUGGUCAUAUAAAACUCACAGAUUUUGGUUUGUGCACUGGAUUUAGAUGGACUCAUAACUCUAAAUAUUAUCAAGAUGGUGAACAUUGUAGACAAGAUUCAAUGGGAGGAGAAGAAUGGGGUAUUACUGGUGCAGAAUGUCGAUGCCAUCAAUUAAAACCUUUAGAAAGACGACGUAGAAGAGAGCAUCAAAGAUGUGAAGCUCAUUCUUUAGUUGGCACACCUAAUUAUAUUGCUCCAGAAGUUUUACUUCGUACUGGUUACACACAACUUUGUGAUUGGUGGAGUGUGGGAGUAAUACUCUAUGAAAUGCUUGUUGGAUCCCCUCCAUUUCUUGCUAAUACUCCAGCAGAAACUCAAUAUAAAGUCAUUAACUGGGAAAAUACAUUACAAGUUCCACAAUCUGCAAAUUUAUCACCAGAAAGUGCUGAUCUUAUUUUAAAGUUAUGUACUUGUAAAGAACGUCGAUUAGGUAAAAAUGCUGAUGAAGUCAAAGCACACCCUUUCUUUGCAGAUUUAGAUUUUGAACGAGGAAUGCGGCGUCAUAACCCUCCUCAUGUACCAAGAAUUCAAUUUUCUACUGAUACAUCAAACUUUGAUCCAAUUGAUCCUGAACGUCUACAUAACUCAGAUUCAUCAGAUUCCGAUAACAGGAUAUCUGACUCUGAUAACAAUCGGCCAUUCCAUGGUUUCUUUGAAUUUACUUUUAGAAGAUUUUUUGAUGAUGGAGGGGGACCAUCAUUCCACACUCGAAUAAGUCUAGAUGACAAUGAUGGUCAAGGUGCUGUUUAUGUUUAAAUUUGAUAUAAUAGCGCUUUGUUCAUGGUCUUUCUAGAAAAUUGAAUAAGCAAUAUACAAAGAGUUAUUGUAGAAAUUAAUCUUCAAAAAUUAUUAAAAAUCAGAUACAUGUAAUUACAAGUUUUAUGAAAACCUUAGACAAGUGAUAAUAAGAAAGAAGCGGACCAAAAUAUUAUAAUAAAACUCGCAACAAACCUAUUUACUGUUUUAUAAUUUAUUUCUUGCUUUUUUUUGCAUCACAAUUCUCUGACGAAAGCUCAGGUUAGGCCAUUGUGCCGUUUUAGGAACUUAAGCCUAAUUUAGUUACCAAAAUAUUCUUCAUAUUCUAGUUUUUUUAGAGCCGUUAUAUUAAUUUAUUGUUUACCUUUCUUCAAAUCUAACAUUGCUAACUUUUAUACAUUUCUCUAAAAUGAAAUAUUUAUUUUUUAUUUUUUUGAUAAGAAAUAAUUUUUUUUCUUAAUUAUUUUUCAUUUAAAACCAAAUUUAUAUAUAUACAACAAUAGAACCAUUUAUUUUUCAAACGGGCUGUGCAAAGUGACAGGGAUAUUUAAUUUGAUAAUGAGCUUUGAAAAUUAAUAUAUUUAUAAAUAUUUUUCUGUAAAAAAAUAAUAAAACAAAAUUAUUUUUUAGACAGUUACCAAAUUAUAAAUUUAUAUUUAAUAUAUAUAAAAAACUAAUAUGUAUUUUUAUGGUGUUAGAUAAUUAAGACACCUGCUCUCUUUAUUUUCUCUCUUAUUAUGUAUUGGUUGUUUGUUUUAAUGAUCUAGUUGAAUUUGCUCAAUUCAAUUAUGUUUCGGCAUCAUUUCAAUCGACUUGUUUGCAAUCGUCUGUGAUAAGCGAUUAAUUAGAUAGAAAAAUCUAAUUACAAUUUGGCUAAAAUGAUGCCAGCCUUAUGUUUAUUUACAGAUCUGCUUAAUGUUUUAUUAUUUAUAUGAAUUUAAAUUUAUUAUGUAUUAUAUUUACUCAAUUGUAUUGUAAAGAGGGUGGCAUAAAAUAUAUUAUGUCAUACUGUAUAUUUUUAUUAUUAUACAUAAUUUUUUUUAGAAAAAAGUGAUAUGUGAACAUAAUUUUGAUGUAUAUUUUUUUAUUAUAAAACAACAAUAACAUUA